AUGGGCAUAACAUGUAGUAGGAAUGGUAAUUCCUUCGUUCUUCGAAUAGUACCUCAUCUGACAGACUCCGCAGUACAUGUAGAAGACGAAAUGAUCGUUGUGUUGAUCGGAACCCCAAACUCUGGGAAAAUCUCGGUGAGACUCGAUAGUGCUCCAGCGAAGUCGACGGUUCUAGCUAUUGCACAGUUCAGUACGCAUGCUCCGCGGGCAGGUCGGUUACGCCAGGCUGCAAAUAGCCGGAUGAGGGUCACGACCACCAAGGUCGAUGUGCGGGGCAACAGUGUUAUCCUUCUUGACACUCCCGAUCUCGGAUCCCUCGUGAACGGCCGAGAGGUGGUUGUGCGUGACAUUCUCAAUCUAGUGAGCAAGUCGUUGCGAAAAUCGAGCUAUCACAGACGCAAUGCUCUUACUGGCAUACUUUAUUUCCAAAACAUAGAUGGUGGACAAGCCGUGCCGCCCGAUAUCGAAUGCUUUAGCGAGAUUUGCGAGUCAAGUGACCUCUACUCGUCUGUGAUCCUGGUUGCCACUGGCGAGCAGUUGGGGGAGGUUAGCGCUGGAGGGGAUGCAGGAAAUCAGGGGACCAGAAUAUUUCCCUACCUGGAUAUCAGAGAGUCAGCGGAGGAAGGCGAUAAUGCUGUACGGGCCAGAAAUCGCGCCUCGAUCACAGACCCUACCGUCCUGCUAGCCUUUCACGCAAUAUACCUAAGAAGGGGAGGAGAUAAACCUACGCUCGUUUUUGGGGAACGCAACUCACCUGUACCAUUGUCCCGGGGCGCCCGCCACCAAAACGGGCCCUCCACCAGCUGGAGGUCGGAGGGCGAAAUUGUUAUAGAUCUCAACCUCAAUAUGGUCAUAUUUGAAAAAUCUGAGUGA